UUUUUUUUUUUUCUUUAAAAUAAAUACAUUCCACAAUACAGAAAUUAUAUACAGCCAUUAUCUUUUCUUCUAAAGUAGGAAAAGAAAUAAAAGGAUAUAUAUAUUUAAAUUUGGGGGGUAAAAAAGCAUAGCAACAAUUUAUUUUUUUUAUUUAUUUUAGUUUUAAUUUUAUUUUUAAUUAUUUAAAUAUUUUUAUAUAUUAAUCUUAAAAUUUUAAAAAAAAAAUAAAUAAUAAUAAUAAUAAUAAUAAUUAUUUACAGAAUUUAAACAAUUAUAAAACAAUUAUAUAAAACAAUAGUUUACAUAUCACAUAUAUUUAAAUAAAAUAAAAUUAUAUUCAAAAUGGGUUUUAUUGCAGAAGGUAAUACAUUAGCAUGGGAAGAUGCAGAACAACACGCAAAUUAUAUUAGAGAACAUGGUAUUAUUCAAUUAUUAAAUAUAUUAAAGAGUAAUAAAGAUAGACACGGGGAUGAUUUUAAAUGGGGUGAUGAAGUCGAAUAUAUAUUAAUUACAAAUGACACAUUUAAAUUAAAAUUAAGAGCAAAUGAAGUUUUAGAUUUGUUAAUGUUAGAAGAAAAGAGAAACCACGGUAAUGUUGAUCAUCUUUGGAGACCAGAGUACGGACGUUUUAUGAUUGAAGGCACACCAGGUAGUCCAUAUGAAGGAUUAGGUAGACAAUUAUUAGCUAUUCAACAGAGUUUAGUAAAGAGAAGAGAGAGUGUACAAAGAUAUCUUAAACCAGAAGAGUCAAUUCUUACAGUUACCUGUUAUCCGAGAAUGGGUUGUAAAGGUUUUACAGAACCACAAGCAGAGGUUAAAGGCCCAGUUGCAGAGUCUCAAUUUCUUCCAGAUAUGGUUAUUAACCCACAUUUUAGAUUUAGUACAUUAACAGCAAAUAUUAGAAAAAGAAGAGGUUCAAAUGUAUCAAUUAAUAUUCCAAUGUUUAAAGACACAUUCACUAAAGAAUAUGUUGACCAACAAACCUAUAUUUCACCAGAUCAAGACGAUAAAGCUAUUAACCAACCAUAUAACAUUUACAUGGAUGCAAUGGGUUUUGGUAUGGGUUGCUGUUGCCUCCAAGCUACUUUCCAAUUGCCAGAUAUGGAGGAAGCAAGAAAUAUGUUUGAUCAAUUAGCUCCAAUUACUCCAUUAGUUUUAUCAUUAUCAGCUGCAAGUUCAAUUUUUAAAGGCUAUCUUUCAGAUAUUGACGCACGUUGGACUGUUAUUUCCCAAUCUGUUGAUGAUAGAACCAAAGAAGAAUUAGGUAAAAUUGGUUUAAAUAAAAAUAAAUUUGUAAUUAAUAAAUCAAGAUAUGACUCAAUUGAUUGUUAUAUUUCACGUUCACCACAAUUUAGAAGUGAAUAUAAUGAUUUAGAUUUAGUUUAUGAUAAAGAUGUUUAUCAAAAAAUGGUAGAAAAUGGUAUUGAUGGUCUUUUAUCCAAACAUUUUGCUCACUUGUUUAUCCGUGAUCCAUUGGUAAUCUAUUCAGAUAAGAUCGAAAUCGACGAUGAAAAGCAUACCGAUCAUUUUGAAAACAUUCAAUCAACCAAUUGGCAAACUGUUCGUUUCAAACCACCACCACCAGGCGCUUCUAUUGGUUGGAGAGUAGAGCUUCGUUCAAUGGAAGUUCAAUUAACCGAUUUCCAAAAUGCCGCUUUUAUUGUAUUCUCUGCUAUUUUAGUUAAAGCCAUCGCUGACCUCAAAUUAAACUUUUAUGUCCCAAUUUCAAAAAUUGAUGAAAAUUUAAAAACUGCCCAUAAAAGAAAUUCUGUAGUCAAUGACAAAUUUUAUUUUAGAAAAAAUAUUUAUAAUAACAACUCCCCAAAUGGUUCAGUAGAAAAUGAAUAUGAAUUAAUGACCAUUAAUGAAAUUUUCAAUGGUAAGGGUGAAUUCAUUGGUCUUGUAAAUGUAUUAAAAAAUUAUAUUAAAUCAUUAAAUUUCGACGCUGAAACCAAUCAAACCGUUAAUAGAUACUUAAACUUCAUCUCACAAAAGGCUUCUGGUGAAAUUAAAACCAUCUCAACUUGGACAAGAGAAUUUGUUCAAAAUCAUCCAGCUUACAAACACGAUUCUGUUGUAUCUGAAGAAAUUCAAGCAGACUAUCUCAAACUCUGUUUAGAUAUUACAAAUGGCGUUGUAUAUGAUGAAGAGAUUCAAGGAAACUUUGAAAGAUUAGAUUCAAAUUGAAUUCUAAUUAAUAAUAACAAUAAUAAUAUUAACAAUAACAACAGUAAUAAUUCAAGUAUUUAUAAUUACAACAAAAAAUUUUAUUAUAACUAUUUUAAAAAUAGUAAAAAUAAAAUUAUGACAACUACCACUACCACUACCACCACCUCAUCCACAUCACCAAAAAACUAAAAAAAAAUUAAAUAAAUAUAUUAAAGUUUCAUAUUU